GCUUGCAAGUUAACACUACUACACUAGUAGUUUAUUCAUUAACUAUAGUUUAUGUUUCCUCACCUUUGCAAGUUCCAAAGGGGCCAACCUAAGAAGAGUAAAAAAAAAAAAAAAGAGCAACCCAAUCGAAACAUAACAAAAAUGUGUACUAGUAUCAUAAAAUCAUCACCAAAUCAACGCAACAAUUGAAUGCCGUUGAAGAUUUAAGUUACUCAUAUAAACAUAUAGUAUUAAAUGCAGCAACUAAGACACUCACCCACCCUCACAAAAAAUUAACAACAAUAACCUUUCCCAAAUGGAUUAUACCCUUUUUCUUCAUCUCCCUCUCCCUCAUGUCUUCCUCAAACCCUUAUUCACCAUCACCACCAAUUCCUUAUCUCACUAACCUCGGCUUCGGCUACUCCAUAGCUAUAGCCCUCGGCUUCCUCUUCCUUCUUUCAACCUUAAUUCUUUCUUCCUAUCUUUGUUGCCGCACUUUCCGUAACCGUCAUAACCGUCAUACCAAUCAAUCUAACUCAGACGGCGUCGUUUUGCCGCGCGUCAUUUUCGUUGCGGAAGACGACGAACAAGACGGCGUCGUUUUGGGUUUGGAACAAAAUGUUAUUAAUUCGUAUCCGAGGUUUCAGUUUGGUAAAGAUUCCGGUUAUGACACCACGUGCUCGAUCUGUUUGAGUGAGUACAAGGAUUCGGAGAUGUUGAGGAUGAUGCCGGAAUGUAGACACUAUUUCCAUCUAUGUUGUCUUGAUUCGUGGUUGAAACUUAACGGUUCUUGUCCCGUUUGUCGGAACUCGCCUAUGCCUACGCCGUUAUCUACGCCGUUACAAGAAGUUGUUCCGCUUUCUCAUUAUAUUGGUGAAAGGAGGGUUAGGAGGUGACUUUUUUUUUUUUUUUUGUAUGUACUGAGUUUGAAAAUGUUGUUGACUUUGAGAAUGAUGGUUUUUUUUUUUACAUGAGUUUUGGUUAUGGAAAUUUUUUGUUUGUUUGAGGGUUUGAAGAUGUGAUUCUCAAUAUCAAGUUUUUAUUUUUGUUUUUUUUACCUCAUGUUGUUUUUAAAAAUUUAUUGAUUUUUUUAUAUAAGUUGAAUUGUUACUAUACUUCUACGAAUGUUUGGAUCGGACAAGUUAAUAGAUGUGCAUUGGGAUUGCUUUUCUUGUGUUUCAAUGUUGUAUGAUCGUGGUAUAUUAUUGAAGCAACAAGUUGUAGAUUAAAGUUA